UGAUGAGAAGAUGCCAACAACCACCAGUCCAGUCCAGUCCACUCCACCAUCACUUUGCUUUGCAGACAAUCCCCCGCUCCUCUCUUUCUCCAGUCCCUCCCAAAGAUCCCCAUCAUCAGCCAGCGCCAUCAUCUGAUUCCGAUCUCUUCCCCCCAUUCCCCAUCACAUUUCCCACUUCCCAACCUCGAGAAAAAAAGCGCCAUGGAUCGAGCGCCUACGCAGAUGCUCCUCCGCCUUCUCCCCCCCACCCAAUCACAAUGAUUUGGCCCAGAGAGACUCAGAGAUCCUCUGCUAGUACCUGAGCACCCAGUCGUCUCGGACUGAGUGAGUGAGUGAGGUGGUUGGCAACACAUCUGUCUCUGUUUCUCGCCUGCUGUUGCGGUUGCCAAGAUUUGGUGCUAGGAGGAGGAGGAGGGGGAGGCUAUGGCGUCCUCGCCGCCUGCAAUCGUCGGGACGGAGCCCACCUGGGUGCCCUACGAGCCAACCAGGGACUGCUCCCAGGGGCUCUGCAGCCUCUACUGCCCCCAGUGGUGCUACUUCAUCUUCCCCCCGCCGCCGCCCUUCGACCUCGCCGGCCCCGGCCCCGACGACUCCUCCGGCCACGUCUUCUCCCCGCUCGUCAUCGCCAUCAUCGGCGUGCUGGCCACCGCCUUCCUCCUCGUCAGCUACUACACCUUCAUCUCCAAGUACUGCGGCACCUUCGGCUCCCUCCGGAGGAGGCUCUUUGGCCCCGGCUCCGGCUCCGGCGGCGGUGGGGGCACCGGCGGUCCUGGGAGCGGCCACGGGCAGUCCAGGAGCCAGGAGUCGUGGAACGUGUUGCCGGCGAGCGGGCUGGACGAGACCCUGAUCAACAAGAUCACGGUGUGCAAGUACAGGCGCGGCGACGGGCCCGUCCUCCACACCACCGACUGCUCGGUCUGCCUCGGCGAGUUCGACGACGGGGAGAGCCUCCGGCUGCUGCCCCAAUGCAGCCAUGCGUUCCACCAGCAGUGCAUCGACACUUGGCUCAAGUCGCACUCCAAUUGCCCCCUCUGCCGCUCCAACAUCACGUUCGUCGCCGUCGAGGUGGCGCCGCCGGAGCCGGAGGGCUGUGCUCCAGGUCCAGGCGAGACCGACCGGAACACCCAUCAGGUGGUUAUUGAGAUGGAUGAAUUGGAGAGCAUGUGCGAAGAGCAGCAGGAUGCUGUGAACAGCGGGGGCGUCAGAGCUGACCGUGAUGAUCAGGAGACGGAGGACAGUCGAGAGGGAACAGAGGAGGAGGAGGAUGCCAAUGGCACGGCUGAGAUCAGAGAAGAAGGCGUGCCACCACCGAAGACGGGGUCCAACCUGCACCGUGACAGCCGCAUGUCCAUCGCCGACGUGCUGCAGUCCACCAUGGAGGACGAGCUGAUCGCAGCCAGGGAGAGCGGGCUCCUCGCAGGCGGCGCCGGCACGUCGAGGCGGUGCCGCGGGGAGAACAGUAGCAACGGACGGGGCCGCAACCGGCGCGCGUUGCAGGACGACUCCGUGCCGCCGAUGAAGAGGCUGCCGCCCGGCGGCAGGUCGUGCUUCAGCAGCAAGAGCGGCAGGGCAGUCGUCGUCGAUUCAGAUAAUCCAGUGCGAGGUGGGCAGUCGUGACGAUCCUGGACAAGCUUCCGUCCCGUUUCUGCGCAUGAUGGGACGCAAUUGAGGACCAUAUCAUCAUACAGUACUAAUUCAGAGAUGUCGUCGUCCUGUGAGAUGCUUGGGUAAGAUCUCCUGUGAUGAUAGUUCAGGAGGCGCUGGAUCUUUUCGGUUUUUUUGCUCUUCCAUCAUCUGAUGACAUAGGUUCGUCUCCUCCACCACUCAGUCCAUUGUAUCAGUGGACAUGUUUUGCUGUUAGUGCAGUAGUAACAGGCUCAAGAUUUCCCCCCCUCGAAUGAUCUUUUCUUUCACUGCUUUUGUGUGUGUUUAACCUUUGCAAAUUACCUGUAAAGCGAGUUUGAAAUCCGAAGGAUCGAAUGUAGGACUUUGUUAUGAAGGUUCGAA